CAGCAAUACUUACAUAAAAAGUCUGCUUACGUGUAAAGUUUUGACUAUCAGAAAGUGAAAAUAGAAGAGGAAAAAUGGCUGCAAAUCAGCAACAGUCGAGGGAGGAUCUGAAUGCUAGGGCUCAGCAAGGUGAGACAGUGGUUCCUGGUGGCACCGGUGGUAAGAGCCUUGAAGCUCAAGAACACCUUGCUGAAGGGAGGAGCCGAGGAGGGCAGACUAGGAAGGAGCAGCUAGGAACAGAAGGAUAUCAGGAAAUGGGCCGCAAAGGUGGCUUGAGCACCGGAGACGAGUCCGGCGGAGAGCGAGCCGAGCGGGAGGGUGUCGCCAUCGACGAGUCCAAGUUCAGGACCAAGACCUAAAUCUACUGCGCCAUUGUGAAAAUUAAAAUAAUGAACUUUUUUCAAGUUUAGGCAGUGUGUUUUAGUUUGUAUAGUAGGUGUGUUUAGCUGUGCAUGCAUGGCUUAAUUGC